AUGUCGAAGCGAGGACGUGGAGGAUCGGCGGGCAACAAGUUUCGCAUGUCGCUGGGUCUGCCGGUGGCGGCGACGGUGAACUGUGCCGAUAACACCGGGGCGAAGAACCUCUACAUCAUAUCGGUGAAGGGAAUCAAGGGACGAUUGAACCGGUUACCUUCGGCUUGUGUUGGUGAUAUGGUGAUGGCCACAGUGAAGAAAGGCAAGCCUGAUCUUCGUAAGAAGGUCAUGCCUGCUGUAAUUGUCCGGCAGCGCAAGCCCUGGCGCCGAAAGGAUGGUGUCUUCAUGUACUUCGAAGGUCAUUUUCGUUUCAUGGUCACUGUUAUAUCUUUAUUUUUGCUUUUAAUAUGA